CAGCUCUAUGGGAGCAAAUAUGGACGCUUUAUAACAGAGGGUCUGAUAUUUCUCUCAAGCGUGAUCGCUGCUUUGUGAGAGUGGGUGGGAAUGAAGGAAGGCCGCAUCUCCAUUUGGGCAGCCACAAGACGCGGGUGGCUGCUCGACUUCCCGCUGUUUUUGGGCUUCGUUCAAGCAGACAACCUGUAACCGUCAACGCAGUCGACAUCCUCGGCAUUCCCAUAUCGGCAUUGGAUGAUUCUGUCGCUCCCGUCAACAUGAUUUUCACAACUCAGAUUGUCCGCCUGGACGGCUUAGUACUCGUCGCGUCAGUGGAUGACCAGCAGAUCAAAGAGCUCGGCGAGCUCAAGCAACAGAUUCGGCAGGUCGUCAAACGAAUCACGCCCACCUCCGAACCUCGAGCGAGCAUAGAAAGCGUAAAGUACACCAUGCACUAUGUCCUAAACGAUCAGCUCUGCUACAUAGCCAUCACCGAAAGAGCCUACCCCAAGAAGCUAGCCCUUACCUUCUUAGAGGACAUUCGCGCCGAGUUUCAGACAUCGUACAAGCGCGACGACUAUCUGUCCCCGCAGCUACGGCCUUACCAGUACUCGGAGUUUGAGCGCUUUAUUGAGCGAACGAAGAAGACGUACCAGGACAGCCGAGCCACUGAUAACUUAAGCCGGCUGAACGAUGAGCUCAAGGACGUCACGCAAGUUAUGACAAAAAACAUUGAGGACCUGCUGUACCGUGGCGACAGCUUGGAGAAGAUGGGUGACAUGAGUUCCAGGCUUCGAGAGGACAGUGCCAAGUACAAGCGCGCAGCCGUUAGGAUUAACUGGGAGCUGUUAUUGAAGCAGUACGGUCCUUUCGGUGCGCUCGGGCUUGUCAUCCUCAUCCUGCUGGUAUGGCGCUUCUGGUAACCCAUACUAUAGCGGCCCGCGUGUUCCUUGUUAGCGGCUGCAUUUGGGAGCAUAGCGCCGGCGUCUGCGGCAUGAAUCGACAACGGCCUGGUGGUCAUGUAGGCAAAGAGAUACCCAUGAGCGCUUGGAUAGAGCUCUCAAUGACAAAAGCGACGUUUCUUCUUUUAGCCCCUGGGCAUGUUUGACCUUUAACAGGCUGGCAAGGGUUCCGCACAAGCGCCAUGAUCAAGUGUCUUUGAAGGGGUCUCGCUUCGGGGCUGAGCGAAUCAUCCUGCAACAAUUGGAGCACUGGCGUAGAAGAUCAAACAGUGCUGCAUGAGCCGAUCGAGGCGC